GUCGAGAGGGAGGUGAGCGACACUUUACUUUGCAGAGUUCAAGGUUUAUUUUCGUUGUUUGUCUGGAGCAGUACAGGCUUCUGCCGAGGCAUUAAGCCCGUUCCUCAUCGCCAACAUGCUGAACAUGUGGAAAGUUCGGGAGCUGGUCGACAAAGCAACCAAUGUGGUGAUGAACUACUCGGAGGUUGAGUCUAAAGUCAGAGAGGCCACCAAUGAUGACCCAUGGGGACCUUCAGGACAGCUGAUGACUGAAAUUUCUCGAGCCACCUUCAUGUAUGAGCAGUUCCCAGAGGUGAUGAAUAUGCUGUGGGCUCGCAUGCUGAGGGACAACAAGAAGAAUUGGAGGAGGGUCUAUAAGUCCCUGCUACUGCUGUCACAUCUAAUCAGGAAUGGAUCAGAAAGGGUUGUAACCAGUGCCAGAGAGCACCUCUACGACCUGCGAUCCAUAGAAAGCUAUCACUUCAUAGAUGAGAAUGGGAAGGAUCAAGGUAUUAAUGUUCGUCAGAAGGUGAAAGAGAUGGUGGACUUUGUUCAGGAUGACGACAGGCUUAGGGAAGAACGGAAAAAGGCAAAAAAGAAUAGAGACAAAUACAUUGGCGUAUCUUCAGACAGCAUGGGAUACCGACGUUAUUCGGGGGACAAGUAUGACUCCAGUGAAAACCGAGGAAAGUGGGACGAUGACUGGGACAAGAGUAAAGGCCCAUUCCCCUUCAGUGAAAAACUGGGGGAGAUCAGCGACAAAAUUGGCAGCACCAUUGAUGACACCAUAAGCCGGUUUAGGAAGAAGGAGAGAGACGACUCGCCGGACCGAUACAGUGACAACGAUGAGGACCGAGGCCGUUCAUCUCACAAUGGUCAGCAAGGAAAAGAGUUCAAAGAUGAAGAGGAGACUGUUACAACUAAGAGUGUACAGAUAGUUCAAGCGACAGAGAUGACAGCAACACGGAAGAGAGGCGUGCCAUCCAAAAAAGUGGACCUGGGGGCUGCAGCCCACUACACAGGAGACAAGAGCCCAGAUACAUCUGCCAAACAGACUCAGGCAACAGCAGCUCCUCAGCCCUCCAGCACAGGCCUAGCUGACCUACUAAUGGUUGACACAGCAUCUAGCCAGCCUCCUGCCUCAGACUUGAUCAGUGGAUUUGCUGACUUCUCCUCACCUGGUGCCUCAGCUGGACUGUUCCCCGGAUCUGCAGCGCCAUCUUCUAACACGAAUGGAGAUUUCGGAGAAUGGAAUGCCUUUCCCGGAGGUCAAAUCCCAGCAUCUGCUCAGAGUGUCAACAUCAGUGGAAAUGACCUUUUUGGAGCCAUGACAGCAGGUCUUGCCGCUGCCCCAGCCGCUGCCGCUGCCCCAGCCCCCACCCCGGUCUCAGCUCCACCGUCUGGGCCCGGCUCAGCAGAUCUGUUUGACUUGAUGGGGCCAGCUCAGUCGCUCUCCUCCUCCCAGAGCCUCAACUUCAGCAUGAGCAGCACACAGAGCAUGAGUACUACGUUCCUGCCCCAGUCUCAGUCACAGAACAUGGGGGGUCCUCUACAACCACAACCCAUGCAGCAGGGAGUGGCCUCUCCAAGCGCACUACCCAAAGCAGCUCUGCCAUCCACCUGGUCCGAUCACUCCGUCAACAUCAGCCUGGACUUCCUGGCCCCCGGCAUGCAGCCCCCCAAGACCAGCCAGCCCAGUCUCCACUCCCUCCAGCAAGGCAAUCAGGCACCUGCCAACAUGCUCUCCCAGGGAUUUUCCAAUAUGAGCCUUGGAGCUUCACCGGUCAGACCACCUGCUAAUUCGAUGAUGCACCCUGGUGUUGGCAUGGGCAUGGGAAUGUCUCCCAAUCAGGGCAUGAUGGGGAUGACCAUGGGGAUGCCUGGGGGGAUGGGGAUGGGGAUGAACCCUGCGAUGGUCCAGCAGCCCAAACAUGAUGCCUUUGCUGACUUUGGCAACUUUGGAAAGUGAUGGAACUGGAGAGCACCGGUUAUCAAGAAUGGUGGCAAUCUGUCUCCGUCCAGUUGUGAAGGAUCAUCAUGAGCUGCAAACAAAGAGUACUUGAAAAAUGCCUUCUAUCUUAUUACCUACACCCUGCAAUCUUUUAAUUUUUUUUUUUUUGAAGUUUAGUGAACUGGAUCUAAAUGAAUGUUGAUUGAACCAAUGAUCUCUGCAGUCUGAGAUGGUUGUUGGACAAACACUUUGUUUUUUGUUUUUAUGUUGGAUGUUAAUAAGAAGGUGCCACAGAGAAAGUGUUGGGGAGGAUUGCUUUAUAACCUCAAUUAAGCAAAAUCAACAGAAUAGCAAAAAAAAAAAAAAAUAUCGCUAGUUGCAUAUUUACUUUUUGAGCUGCAUUCUCAAUGAUGUCGCCUAAUAACAAGUUUGGACAACAUGAUCUGCCAGUUGACCUAUCUAAUGUACAUUGAAGAAGGAUAUCAAGUUGCCUUUUCUUUUUUUCUUUUUCUUGGAUCUUUAGUCUUCCUCUAACCUGUAAAUAGAAAUAAGGAGCCCAUAUAAUAAGUUAUGAAAUUCAUAUAUGAGAAACGGUGACAAUGUGUCGAGCUGUUUCCUACAGACCAAAUCUAAUAUGAUUAUCAGACCUACAACAAAGCAUAUUAAUGCCCCUUCGUUUUGUACAUAAGUGUCCACAUUCCAGAAACACAGUCCAUCAUUUGUGGCCUUACUUAUUGAAAUGUUUAUUUUACUUUUGAAGAAUAUUAUAAUCGAUUUGCAUCCAAAUGAGAUAAUCAGUAGAAAGUGCCUCACGUAGAGGUUGUGGGUUUUUACCCACUGCAGCACAGCGUGCCUGACAGACUAAUGCCUUUUCUUCUCAACUCACCUGACACUUGUCAGAACGGAGAUUUUGUUCUAUGUACAAACUAUGUAUGUUUGUAUUUUGGCCUUAUUACAAAUGCAAGUGAAAUAUGUGUUUUACUGUUAUGUUCAUCCCAUGAAUAUCAUCUUCUGUUUUUGUUGUUUCCAAUCAACUCAGGCUUAUGGUGGCAUCAAAACAACAAAACGUACACGAGAGACCUUGAAAUUCAGCCCUUCACAUUGAUAUUGAGAUUGUAAAAUGCAUCUGUCUGUUUUUAUAUGUUAUCGGGUCACGUAGGUAACUGCUGCUUUCCAAUUCAUUACUGUUGCACAUCCAUACAGACAUGGUGAAAACGUUUUUUUCUUUUUUUUUACUGUCCUAACAACCAUCAGUUCAAGUCUGUGUGUUUUUGCAGCUUAUCAGGUACACGACUGUAAUGGGAAGCACUUUUACCAGCUGGGAUGCCAUGUGAACAUGCCCUGCAUGUGUGAUGUUUGGAUGGAAACCUAUUUCGUGUUAAAGUACUAGUCGUACUCUCAUUUGGCUGUAAACCAUAUGCCUUUUCUGAGAGACAGUUGCUGUUCAGCAGGUCCAGUGACUGGCGAUUGCUUCUCCCUGACCCUUGUAAUGAGUGAUUGGUAAUCGAUAUUGAAAUGUGGUGGCCUGACAUUUUUGACGUGUCACAGAUGAUAAAUAAUUCACUGACAAGAGAAGAGGGCAGUGGAUUGUGCAUCCUCAGGAGAAUAAAAGUUGUUUUCCUACUCUCAUGAAGGGCUCAAGAGGCUGAACACACUAACACACAGAAGCCUUGCAUCAAUGUAUGAAGCAUUAAAAUGACCAAAAUCUGUUUUGCUAUUUUUCUAAUGUAUAUCAGCAGGAAUAGUUUGUGCAUUUCUUUUCUAUCAAUCAUUUGGGUCCUCUCUACAAUGGGAUUGUUACUGAAACACUAGUAUAUGCAAAUGUGUGUCUGUGUGUGUGUGUACAUAUAUAUAUAAAAUAUAUAUAUAAAUAUUUGGGGGAAAAGUCCUUUGAGAACAUGACAUUUUGCAUUAUUCCCAUUCUGAUUUGAUUUACACAUCAAAAUUCCUUAUGGACAACAUUAAACAGUUGAUUGAAA